AUGAAGUGCCUUAUUCCUCUCGCCCUGUCAGCGGCAUCCAUCGCUUCCGCUCUUUCCAUUGAUUCUCAAUUUCAUCAACAAGUCCCUCUGGAGAACGAGAAGCCUACCUCGUCCGAGCAAUAUCUUAUCGAGUUGUCCCCUGGCGAGACGAGAUAUGUGUCAGAAGAGGACAAGUGGGAGUUAUUACGGAAUGGCAAAAAGUUUAUGGACAUCACCGACAAUGGCCACACAUUUCCUUACGUGGAGACAAUGGCGGCAUCUGUAACAUAUCCUGCGAACGCUACACAUACCAAAGCCGUCAAGUCGUUGAGCAAGAACUUGUCCACCAAGAGUAUGCGAAAGCAUCUUGAAGGCUUGACCUCUUUCCACACACGAUACUACAAGAGCCAAUAUGGAAUAGAUGCCGCUCAGUGGCUACAUGACAACAUUCUCCAGGUGGUCAAUGCAUCAGGCGCAUUUGACCACGGAGCCACAUUGAAGAAAUUCGCACAUCCUUGGGGACAAUUUAGCAUCAUCGCCCAGUUUCCGGGAAAGACCAACCACACCGUGGUGAUCGGAGCACAUCUCGACAGCAUCAACAUGUUUUUGCCGUCUAUUCUUGCGGCGCCUGGAGCGGAUGACGAUGGAAGCGGCACGGUGACUAUUCUCGAAGCUCUCACAGCACUACUUCAGAGCGAUGAUGUCGUCAAAGGCAAAGCAGAGAACACGAUCGAAUUCCACUGGUACUCUGCUGAAGAGGGAGGCCUUCUCGGAAGCCAGGCUAUUUUCAAGUCGUAUCAUGACAGUGGGAGGGAUGUCAAGGCCAUGAUCCAGCAAGACAUGACGGGCUAUGUGGCACAGACACUGGCAAAUGGCAAACCCGAGUCCGUUGGGGUCAUUACCGACUUUGUGGACCCCAAGCUUACGGAGUUCGUCAAGGAGAUCAUCACCACCUACUGUGAUAUCCCUUACACGCUCACCAAGUGUGGAUAUGCAUGCUCUGACCAUGCAUCGGCCAGCAAAUAUGGUUUCCCGUCAGCCUUUGUGAUUGAGUCCGACUUUGAGUACUCGGACAAGAAGAUCCAUACGACGGAUGAUCAGAUCAAAUACCUGAGUUUCGACCAUAUGUUGCAGCAUGCUAAGAUGACGCUGGGAUUUGCGUAUGAGGCUGCGUUUGCAAAGUUUUGA